GAGGCACCAUGAAAUUGGAAUUCACUGAGAAAAAUUACAACAGCUUUGUGCUGCAGAACCUGAACAAACAGAGGAAACGCAAAGAGUACUGGGACAUGGCUCUGACUGUGGAUCACCAUGUCUUCUUUGCACAUCAGAAUGUGCUGGCUGCUGUCUCUCCACUGGUGAAGAGCCUCAUCUCCAGCAACGAUAUGAAGACCACCAAUGAGCUCUUUAUCACCAUUGACCCCAACUACCUGAGUCCAGCCACAGUGGAGCAGCUCCUGGACUAUUUCUACAGCGGCAGGGUGGUGAUCUCAGAGCAGAAUGUGGAGGAACUCCUUCGUGGGGCCCAGUAUUUCAACACACCACGCCUUCGAAUCCACUGCAGUGACUUUCUGAUUAAGUCUAUCCGCCGUGCCAACUGCUUGCACUACCUCUUCUUGGCCGAGUUGUUUGAGCUCAAAGAGGUAUCAGACUUGGCCUACUCUGGCAUUCGUGACAACUUCCACUACUGGGCUAGCCCAGAGGGCUCUGUGCACUUUAUGCGCUGUCCACCUAUCAUUUUUGGUCGUCUGCUCCGAGAUGAAAACUUGCACGUGCUCAAUGAGGACCAGGCUCUCAGCGCGCUCAUCAACUGGGUGUACUUUCGAUUGGAUGAACGGGAGAAGUAUUUCAAGAAGUUCUUCAAUUACAUCAAUCUUAAUGCCGUCUCCAACAAGACACUGACCUUUGCCAGCAACAAGCUGAUGGGCAUAGAGAACAGCUCCGCCCAUGCAACCAUGAUUGAGAGUGUCCUUGUGGACCGCAAGCAGGAGAAGCCAUGCAGCCUGCUGACCUACCAGCGGAAAGGGGCCCUGCUCGAUUCAGUGAUCAUCCUGGGUGGCCAGAAGGCCCAUGGCAAGUUCAAUGAUGGCGUGUUUGCCUAUAUCAUACAGGAGAACCUGUGGCUGAAGCUCUCAGAGAUGCCCUACCGGGCAGCAGCGCUUAGUGCCACCUCUGCUGGUCGCUACAUCUACAUCUCUGGUGGCACCACUGAGCAGAUUUCAGGGUUGAAGACAGCUUGGCGGUAUGACAUGGAUGACAACUCCUGGACCAAGUUGCCUGACCUGCCCAUUGGACUUGUCUUCCACACCAUGGUGACUUGUGGGGGGACAGUGUAUUCAGUGGGUGGCAGCAUUGCCCCAAGGCGGUAUGUCUCUAACAUCUAUCGCUAUGAUGAGCGCAAGGAGGCCUGGUACCUGGCAGGGAAGAUGAGUAUCCCUAUGGAUGGCACAGCCGUGAUCACCAAGGGCGACAGGAACCUGUACAUUGUCACUGGGCGGUGCUUGGUGAAGGGCUAUAUUUCUCGGGUUGGGGUGGUGGACUGCUUUGACACCAACACUGGGGAUGUGGUCCAGUGUAUCACCUUCCCCAUUGAGUUCAACCAUCGGCCCCUGCUCUCUUUCGAUCAGGACAACAACCUCUGUGUGCACAGCCAUCGGCAGAGUGUGGAAAUCAACCUGCAGAAGAUAAAGGCCAGCAAGACAACCAGCUCAGUGCCUCUCUUGCCCAACAACUGCCCUUUGGAUGUGUCCCAUGCUAUAUGCUCCAUUGGAGACAACAAAGUGUUUGUAUGUGGGGGCAUCACCACAGCGAACGAUGUCCAGACAAAGGACUACACCAUCAACCCAAAUGCCUACUUGCUGGACCAAAAGACAGGCGCGUGGAAGACCGUGGCCUCCCCGCCGGAGGCACUGGACUGUCCUGCCUGCUGUCUAGCCAAGCUACCUUGCAAGAUUCUUCAAAGGAUUUAA